AUGGCAGCAACCUCCAACGUUUGUGUGAGCUUGAAGCUCCUAAUAGACACUAAGAGCCACACAAUUUUGUUUGCUGAAGUGAGCAAAGAAGUUGUUGAUUUUUUCUUCUCUUUGCUGUCUUUGCAUGUUGGAACUGUCAUUAGGCUCCUCUCUGGGGAUGGCAUGGUUGGUUGCUUAGGCAAGCUCUACGCAAGCCUUGAAAAUCUUAGCUACACAUACUUGCAACCUAAUCUCAACAAGAACACCCUGCUCAGGCCCAAGUCAGCUGUUGCUGGAGCUAAUAUCUUCCAUUUGUUGACCAACAAUAAAUCUGAUUCAGAAGCUAAGAAAUUUUACUACUGUGAUUGCAAUCACCCAUCAUCCUCUUCCCAUUCGUACCAUGUGACCGAAAACAGCAGCACGCGGUAUGUGUCGGAUGACGUUGGAGCCCUUUGUCCAAAAUGCGGAAGAACAAUGUCCAAGCAGAUGACUUACGUUGCUCCACCAACAGCAACGUCUACACGAGAUACAAUUUUGUCAAGCGAGGGAGGGUAUGUGAAAGGUGUUGUUACAUAUAUGAUCAUGGAUGAUUUGGAAGUGCAGCCUAUGUCUACCAUUUCAAGCAUUGCCAUGCUUAACAAGUUCAAUGUGAAGGAUGUUGGAGCCCUUGAAGAGAGGGUGGUUCAGCUUGGCCUGCAAGAGGGUUUGAAAUUGCUCAAGGCAUCUUUAGAGUCAAAAACAGUCCUCACUGAUGUGUUCCUUGGGAUGAAGUCGGCAGCAUGA